UAUGGAACAACAGCACCUCUCCAGAACAAAGACAAAUGUUCAUGAGUCACAGUUCCUUGUAAAUAUUCUUUUGAAUGAUGUAAAAGUGAAACUGUUAGAAGAAACAGAUAAUAAGCUUUUAGUGCCACCCAAAAAAGGAAAAUUUUCUCUUGCCCAAAAUGUCAAUGUUCCAGCAGGUAUAUUUGUUAAACGUGAAAAAACUGGUAAAAGUAAACUUUAUUCAGAUGACAAUACCAUUCCAGAGUUGACUGCAAUAUGGCUACCAAAAUUUUUGGAAAACAGAGAUAAAAUGAGAUCAUUCAUGUGUGCUUCAGGAGAAUGGUUGGCAGAUCAAAUACCAUCAUAUUUUCAAAAUAUGUGUUUCUUUUAUAAAAUUUUUGAAUAUUCAUUGUUGGAUUCUAAAUUGUUGGAAUUUGGGAUAUGCAACUGA